AUUAUCAUAACUCAGUGACAGUGAUCAGUGUAUGAUAUAUUGUGAAUAUAAGCUAUUAAUAUCCGAGUUUUAGCCAGCAUCAUCAAGAGUUAACACACAGACAGUCGAUAAUAUUAAGGAGGAGGAUGAAGGAGAGCAAAAAAAAAGAUGAAAAAUUGAACUGAAUUGGCAAAAUAUCCAGCAAAUGGAAACGAUUUAUCAAUUAUCAGGAAUAAUAAGAAAAAUAAGCUCCUGUCUCUAUCUAUCGACAUCAUCUCACAUAUUACAGUAGCUUAAGUUAGUUCCUAUUUUAUUUUUUUAUCUCCCAACAUACAACCGAGAAUAUGUUUUACGAUUCAAAAUGUUUGCUCGAGGCAAAGUUUCCGGUUUCAAAGGGAGGAAGCAGCAACAUCAGCAUCAAAGACUCAUUCGUAAUCAUCGACAGCUCAUUGAUUCAAAAAUUAAUGAAACAUGAUUUUUGUAGCGUGCAAAUACUUGGCAUUGAACCACAACAAAAUGACUUCAAUUCACCGUAAAAUCAUUUGGAAGCACAGUAAGUGGAGAAUAGAAUAAGAGAGAAAGAAAGAGACACAAGAAUAAUAGUGAAGUGAAAAUUUUAUAUAAAAAAAAAAUAAUUUGAAACUUUUGCUCAUAGCGUAGUGUGUAGUAACUCGAAUAAGGAGAUAAAAUUAACAAAGAACUUGCUCAGUGACACAAGACGAGAAUUGAAAUUCAAAAAAAAAAUCAACCAUUCAGGUCACGUACAACAUUCUGUUGUAUUUAAAAAAAAAUAGUGCAUAUAAAGAACCAGAAUUGUUUGUAAUUAAAAAAAGGCAGCUUGUGCAUGUGAGUGAAGUGCAGUAGCGCAAGAAACCCAUAAAUUGUGUUUACUUAUUUUAUUCCGUGCUGUAAAUCUCGUCCUGAAGUGAACGGAAAGAAGAAAAAUUUCUCAGUUUUUGAAAGGAAACCAAAUAAAUUUAAGAAAAGAAGAAAAAAAAACUUGCCUCGAGCACACAAGCAGCUAGGAAAUAAUCAUAAUAAGGCAAGAGAGUAGUGAAAACUUUCCCACACAAAAGUGUCAACAACAGUGAAUCGAAAAAAAAAUUAUUAUUUAAGGAAAGUUUACAAAAGAUUACUAGAAACAUAAAGCCAUGUCCUCACACCAUCAUAACAGUAACAAUAAUACUUCCGAGCGUAUACCCAUGCUAAUGAAGGCGACAUCAAACGAUACGACAUUAACAACAUCACCAAAAAAUGAAAAGUUUUCAACGCCACACAAGUUUUAUGAUAUGCGACCGCUGUCAAGUGGAAGUAGCAGCAGCAGUAGUAGUAGUACAAAUGGAAUUAUCAUAAAUAAUUACGGAAUCAAUAAUAAGAAUAGCUUUAUGACGAGAAUUUGUUGUCACAUGAUGAAGACUGUUCAGAGGAACAUUCAGAAGUGCGUUGCUGCACUUGUGCUGAUUUCGUUCUUUAGUAUCAUAUUUUUUACACAAUAUAUGGAUAGCAGUAGUCCGCUUGUUGGUCUCAUUCAUCGUGACACGAAACCGAUGCCAUUGAUUCAUUGUCAAACACUAAAUAAAUCACCAUCAGAUCCUUCGCAAACACAUGAUCAUAGGUCAGAGGCGAGAUUAAGGAUAGACUCAAAAGUGCUUGUGUUCGUUGAGACGACAUACAGUAAGCUGGGAAGAGAGAUAGCGGAAGAGCUUGUGUACAAUAGAAUCAAAUAUAAAAUCGAAGUUGCCGGCAAAAGCCUUCCCGUGUUAACAAAUUUGGACAAAGGUCGAUAUGGGGUGAUUGUAUUCGAGAAUCUCGAUAAAUAUUUAUCAAUGGAUAAGUGGAAUCGAGAAUUGCUCGAUAAAUAUUGCCGUGAAUAUUCCGUUGGCAUUGUCGGUUUUAUGAGUGCGAGCGAGGAGACAUUGGUCGGUGCUCAAUUAAAAGGAUUUCCAUUAUAUGUACAUACAAAUUUACGAUUACGUGAUGCCAGUUUAAAUCCAAGUUCGCCAGUGCUCAGGCUUACACGUGCUGGAGAUACAGCAUGGGGGCCCUUACCCGGUAACGAUUGGGCGGUUUUUCAGCACAAUCAUUCCACUUAUGAGCCACUCGAGUUUGCACAGAAAAAUACACUCGACUAUCCAAAUGAUGGCGGUAUUCAGCCUCCAUUAACCACAGUCCUUCAAGAUCAUGGAAAGUUGGAUAACAUCCAACGAAUUUAUUUCGGUGCUGGAUUAAAGUUUUGGCUUCAUCGACUGCUUUUUCUAGACGCUUUAUCAUAUCUAAGUCAUGGUCAAUUAAGUGUUAGUCUUAAUAGAAUGAUUCUCGUCGACAUCGAUGACAUUUUUGUCGGCGAACGAAGUACUCGUUUAAAGCCAGACGAUGUUCAUGCACUCAUAUCAACACAAAGUCGUAUAGCCGAGAUGGUACCAGGCUUUAGAUUUAAUCUCGGCUUUUCAGGCAAAUAUUUUCAUCAUGGUACAAAAGAGGAGAAUCUCGGUGACGACAUGUUACUGAGAAAUGUUGAUAAGUUCACAUGGUUUAGUCACAUGUGGAAUCAUCAGCAACCGCACUUGUAUGAUAAUCUAACAAUUCUCAUGAAUGAUAUGAUGUUGAAUAAAGAAUUUGCAAAAUUAAAAGGAAUCCCUUUAAAUUCUGGUUAUUCAGUAUCACCACAUCAUUCGGGUGUUUACCCAGUUCAUGAGCUUCUUUAUGAAGCAUGGAAGAAAGUUUGGAAUGUAAAAGUAACGUCGACUGAAGAGUAUCCACAUUUACGGCCCGCACGACUUCGGAGAGGCUUCAUACAUCGUAACAUUAUGGUAUUGCCAAGACAAACUUGUGGAUUAUUUACACACACAAUGUAUAUAGAUCGAUAUCCAGGAGGGCGUGAUAAACUAGAUGAAUCGAUACAAGGCGGAGAAUUAUUUCAAACGAUAGUUUAUAAUCAAAUCAAUAUUUUUAUGACACAUAUGUCCAAUUAUGGAAGUGAUAGAUUGGCACUUUAUACUUUUGAGUCGGUUAUUAAGUUCCUUCGGUGUUGGACGAAUUUAAAGCUGUCUUCAACGCCGCCAAUUCAGUUGGGCGAACACUAUUUUAAGUUGCAUCCAGAUGAGAGCGAUCCAAUUUGGGGAAAUCCAUGCGAAGACGCAAGGCACCUCAAAAUUUGGUCGCGUAGCAAAAGCUGUGAUUCACUACCGAAAUUCUUAGUGAUAGGUCCACAAAAAACAGGCACAACAGCACUUUACUCGUUCCUAAGUAUGCACCCGAGUCUGGCAAGUAAUCUACCCAGUCCCGAUACAUUCGAAGAGAUUCAAUUUUUUAAUGGAAAUAAUUAUUAUCGUGGCCUCGACUGGUACAUGAGCUUCUUUCCAUUACAAAAUGCAACAUCAUCCAAUAGUGUACAUAUAGGAUCGCCAUCAGGCAGCAGCACAAAUGCACGGUAUUUCUUUGAGAAAUCUGCCACGUAUUUUGAUGGUGACUUAGUGCCAAAACGUGCCCAUCAAUUGUUACCAAAUGCAAAACUUGUUGUUAUAUUAAUAUCACCCGCGAAACGUGCAUAUAGUUGGUAUCAGCACACUCGAGCGCACGGCGAUGUAAUUGCUAAUAAUUAUAGUUUCUAUCAGGUUAUUACUGCUAGUGAUACGGCGCCAAAGCCACUACGCGAUUUAAGAAAUCGAUGUUUAAAUCCCGGCAAAUAUGCUCAACAUUUAGAAAGAUGGCUCGCAUUUUAUCCAAAUCAGCAGCUACACAUCAUCGAUGGUGAACAGUUACGACUGAAUCCAAUUGAUGUGAUGAAUGAUCUCCAAAGAUUCCUCAAAAUAGCACCAUUAAUGGAUUACUCAAAUCACCUACGCUACGAUCCCAAAAAAGGUUUCUACUGUCAAGUGCUUAAUGAAUCGCGAAAUAAGUGCUUGGGUAAAUCAAAAGGUCGCAUUUAUCCGGAGAUGGAUGAAAAGAGUACAAAAAUUCUUCAAAGAUAUUAUUUGAGUCACAAUACGGCGUUAGUGAAGCUAUUGAAAAAACUUGGAUCGAGACCGAUACCGACAUGGCUUAAAAAUGAGCUUUCGACAACGACAUGAAUGCCAAAAAAAUAUAUAUAAUAUAAAAUAAAUAUAAAGAAUGUAAGAAGGAAUGAAUACACAUACAGACAUCGAUGAGAAGCAGAAAGGGGGAGAGAAGGAAGAGCUCGAACACAAAAUUGGAAUGUCAUUAAUGGGGCCAUUCAAAAUCAGCAAGCACAAGCACAAAUAGCUUUCCGGUGUCAUCUUAUAACAACAUUGGAAUAUGAAUAUCCAAACAAAAAGCAGCUACAAUAAUAAUGACAAAAAAACCCCAAUAACCAUUUUCAUCCGACCGACGUGUUGUAUUGUAUGUUGAGAAGCACCAGAUCUCUUUAUUCGAAUUAAGGAGAUCCUUUUUUUAUUUACUUCAUCGAGUACGAGAGAAUUUAACGAAGACAAAUCUUUAUUAGCGAUUGUCUGUGACAUUCCUUUCGCGUUCAAUUAAGUCUAAAUGGAGAUGAAAUGUAAAACAGCAGUCGUCGUCGGUGUGAGUGGAUGUCUGUCGAUGUAUGGAGAGUGAGCGAGGGGGGAACAGCAUGAUGAGGAAUUCCAAACAAAGAUGUUGAUGGAAAAUUCAUGGGCAAAGCUUUUCUCAUCAUGUUGUUAUCCCCUUGAAUGUGAAAUGAAGAGCAAAAAUCAAUAAUUUACGAAAUAAUUCUGUAAAUAUAAUAGGAUGAUAUUGAUGGCAGACGUAAUGUUUGACAGUUGAUUUAGUAUUUAAUUUAGCAGUAAAAAACUUAUUAUUUUAUUCUCUCAGAUUUCUGAGGAAAAAUCAGCAGCUAGUAG